AUGAGCGGCCAAGGCAGCAGCAAGCCCUACCAGCCCCGCCGCGGCCCGGAGCCGGAGCAGCACUUGUUGGAGCCCCAACAGCAGCUGCCGCAGGCGGCGCCCAACGCGGAGGCUGCAGGCGGCGGGGAUCCGGCGGCGGCGGCGCACGCGCAGCUCACCCUGUCGUACCAGGGCGAGCUCUUCGUCUUCGACUCCGUGUCCCCCGAUAAGGUGCAAGCCGUGCUCUUGUUGCUUGGAGGAGAGCUGGCCCCAGGAUUGGGCUUAGAGACGUCGUCAUCCAAUAAGGCGGCGAAUUCUGCACACCGGAUGGCAUCGAUAAUAAGGUACCGGAAAAAGCGCAGCAAGAGGAACUACGAUAAGAAGAUCCGCUAUUCUGUUCGCAAGGAAAUUGCACAUAGGAUGCAGCGCCAUAAAGGUCAGUUUACAUCAGCUAAAGCAAAGGCUGAAGAAGCAACAACAUCUGGGAUUACUUCAGAUGGUUCAAGGUACUCCCUUUGUCCUCUUUUUAUAGGCGCCUUUGAUUUUUCUCUGGUACCUAGACGGACUGGAGCAAUUGCAUUUUGA